GACUCAGAUUUCAGCGGGUCAGAGUCAGAGUGCCUACAUAAACAAAAUACAAAAAAAUAUGCAUAUUUUAAACUGGCUCGAGCCUCUAACGUUUUAAUUAAGGAGCUAAUUGGCAUUAAUUUAAGUUAAAAGUAUUAUAUUAUGGAUACUAAGAAAUCAGUUAAAAAUCGCAAGACUAGAAAAGUAUCUAACGAGGUCAGUGAACUUUCUGAAUCCGAAAAAUGUUUCUUCAAAAGUUCAACCAACAAAAGGGAAGUGGGAGAUGGGGCUCCUGCCGAAAACGAAAUUGAGACAACACACCCACAGAUGACACCAACGAUGCAAGAUGUUGAGAAACCAAUCCAGAGUUUAUAUCUACAUAUCAAAAUAGAUCUUAUUUUUAUUGCAUUAUUGCUAGUGGCGCUUGGUACAAGGCUCUACAAUUUACAAAACCCCAAAUAUAUUGUGUUUGAUGAGUUACACUAUGGAAGAUAUGUAACCCUAUACACAAAAGGAGUUUUCUUCUUUGAUGCUCAUCCUCCAUUAGGCAAGCAGCUGCUUUACUUGGCAGGAAAUGUAGCAGGAUAUGAGGGCAACUUUACAUUUGACAGGAUUGGUUCGGCUUACCCAGAGUCUGUGCCAGUGAGAGCCCUGCGUAUUGUACCAGCUAUCAGUGGCAGCUUGCUUGUAGCUAUUUCAUAUCAGUUGAUGCUAGAAAUAUCAACCUAUCAAUCAACUGCCAUACUUGCUGCAAUCUUAGUAUUAUUUGAAAAUUCUUUCUUAGCACAAUCUAGGUUCAUGCUGCUAGAAAGUAUACAAAUAUUAUUUGGCUUAUGGGGCAUAUUGUGCACCAUCAAAAGCACUCGCAAAACUGGUCCUGCCUCAGUUAUAUGGCUAUGCAUUGGUGCUCUUUCUCUUGGGUGCUGUUUCUCAGUUAAAUAUUCCGGUCUUUACACAUACUACUUGGCGAUAUUCCUAGUUGGGCGUCAGAUGUGGCGACGCAUUGGCCACACGGAGUCUGGCGUAAGACUUGCUAUAUCCACAGUAUGGCGGCUAGUUGUUCUAGUGUGUAUACCACUGGCGGUGUACGUUGGUGUGUUCUACGCUCACUUGGCGAUGUUACCCAAGGCGGGCCCGCACGACAGCGUGAUGACGAGCGCCUUCCAAGCGUCACUGAAAGGAGGCCUCGCUAGUAUAACUAGAGGACAACCGUUGCAUGUCGCCCAUGGCUCACAAAUAACACUGAGGCACUCGCACGGGCGCACGUGCUGGCUGCACUCGCACGCGCACGUGUACCCGGUGCGCUACGCGGACGGGCGCGGCUCGUCGCACCAGCAGCAGGUCACGUGCUACAGCUUCAAGGACGUCAACAACUGGUGGAUCGUCAAGCGCGCCGACCAGGCCUCGCUGGCCGUGUCCAGCCCGCCCGACGCCGUGCGCCACGGCGAGCACGUGCAGCUGCUGCACGGCAUCACGAGUCGCGCGCUCAACUCGCACGACGUGGCCGCGCCGGUGUCUCCGCAGUCGCAGGAGGUGUCUUGCUACAUCGACUACAACGUGUCGAUGCCGGCACAGAACCUGUGGCGCGUCGAGAUCGUCAACCGCGAGAGCGACGACGCGACUUGGGACAGCAUCCGCUCGCUCGUGCGCCUCAUACACGUGGACUCGGGCUCCGCGCUGCGGUUCAGUGGCCGCCAGCUGCCGUCCUGGGGCUUCAACCAGCAUGAAGUCGUGGCGGACAAGGUCGUCACUCACCAGGACACGAUAUGGAAUGUGGAGGAACAUCGAUAUACCAAAGCGGAAGAUAGACGGGAGCGCGAGCGCGAGCUUGUAAGCGCAGAAAUGAUACCGACAGCGGCCACACAGCUGUCGUUCUGGGCCAAGUUCAUGGAGCUCCAGUACAAGAUGCUCACACACGCCGCUGACGCGCCGCAGGGACACAUGUUCGCGAGCGAGCCCGUCGAGUGGCCGCUCCUCGUGCGCUCCAUUGCUUACUGGCUCUCUCCCAACUCCAACGCUCAAGUGCACCUCAUUGGGAACAUGAUAACGUGGUAUGCGGGCACCUUAUCCGUGCUGUUGUACGGAGGCUUGCUCGCCGUUUACGCGAUCCGUCGGAGAAGGGCCCACGCCGACCUCUCGCCGCGCGCCGAACAGAAGUUCUACGACGCUGGCUGCAUACUGUUCUUGGGUUACUGGCUCCACUACUUACCGUACUUCUUUAUGGAUAGAACACUUUUCCUACACCAUUAUCUACCUGCAUACAUCUUUAAGAUCCUACUCUUAGCCUAUGUUAUAGACCAUAUAUAUUACACUAUUUGUAUACAUGAGAGUAAAAGAUCGUUUACUAACAUUUUUAUACUAUGCAUCACAAUAUGGUUAGCGUAUGUAAUCAUUACAUUCCAAAAGUUCAGCGUACUAAGCUACGGUGACACAGAUUUGACGGAAACUGACCUCCUGAAUUUGAGAUGGAAAGAUACUUGGGACUUUAUUUUGCACAAGAAAAAUUAACUUUUGACUUCUAUUUCUUGAUGCCAUAUUGACUUAUUCGAAAUGAAACAUAAUACUCAAAUAUGAUGAUUCUUUUUGGGCAGAGUGUACCACGCGACUGAUUCCAUAUUGACUUGUUUCAAAUGAAACAAUACUUACUUGAAUAUUUUCAAAGAUGAUUAAUUUUUUUGCAGAGCAGACGCAACUGAUGCCUUAAUGACGUGUUUUAAAUAAAUGUAAUAUUUGAAUGUUUCAAUGUUGAUUAAUUUUUGGUAGAGCACACGUGACUGAUGUCUUAAUGACUUGUUUUAAAUGAAACGUAAUACUCGAAUAUUUUUAAUGAUGAUUAAUUUUUGGCAGUCUAGAUGUGAUGGAUGCCAUAUUGACUUGUUCUAAAUGAAACAAUACUUGAAUGUUUUCAGUGAUGAUUAAUUUUUAGAAGAGCAGUCGUGACUGAUGCCAUAAUAUUGACUCGUUUUAAAUGAAACAAUACUCGAAUAUUUUCAAUAAUGUUUAUUUUUACCAGAGUCUAAACGGUCAUAACUAGUCGUAGUCGUUCAAUAGAUAUUAAACCCUUUCUGGAAAAAUAUGACACACAAAGUACAGAUGCACAUCAAAAGUGAUCUUAUAAAGGUUUCGUUUUUCUUUUUUGAAGUAUAGAUUACAGAACCCUAAAAAAUAGCAGCAGCAUACUAGAAAACUCCAUUAAAAAUUGAACCUUAUUUUGUUUGUGAAAAGGAACAAAUUCCAAAAGCUAAUAACUUGCAAUAAAAUAUCUUAAUUGUUUCCACUACUGGAUAUUGCGUUUUAUUAAAUGAGCACUUGCAGCCAUCUAGACUCUUCAUAAAUUUUUACACUAUUUUUAGUUUUAAUUAUGUGAAACAGU